CCGCCGUUUUCUGUCUGAGAGAAGAGCUUUGCAACCGUCCUGCAUCUGAGAGCAAAGCUUCGCCGUGAGCCCGUCGCCGUCGCCGUCGCUUUCGCCGUCGCUGUCGUUGUGAGUCCGUCGCUGUCUCUGCAUCCUGCAAAUCACUAGAUCUCUCUGUUCCAUCGUCGCCGGCGCUAUCUCUGUUCCACCUGUCAUCCCUUCGGUCGUGCCCUUGUCCCCCUCUUGCUUAGGAUCUGCUCUGCUCUGUUCUAGGGCUUCUAGCUUCUAGAAGGUGAUGGGGUCUUCAGGCUUGAAUCCUUUGAAACUAAGUGUUGCAUGUGGGGUUCAAGAAUCAAGACUUCCGUCGUCUUCUUUCAACGAGAAAGAUGUGGGCCCUUCGUUGUCUUCCUCUCAGGAAUCGAGUAUUGAGAGCUUCUUACUCCAAAUCAGUAUCAGCUACUUGGGUGGAAGAUGAUUCUGGAACUUCCAAAAGGGUUUUAACUAGGGAUGAAGACUUCAAGUCAAACUUCCGUCUUCCUGUUUCAGAUCUUUCUCCGUCACAUAUGAAUCGAGCAUUGAGAGCUUCUUGCUUCAAGUUUUACCGUUCCUGGCAUGCCUCCCUCAAUUUCACUAUGACUAGGCGCCAACUUUCUGGUAGCACGACAGAUCAGGAUGAAUCCAGUGAUGAUGAGUCAGACAAGAUGGAUAAGGGGGUUGAAGAAGGGAAAAUACCAGUCUAUAUCCCUUGGAAAGGCGCGGCGGCGUUGUUUAAGAUGUCUAACAGUGACAAAAGAAAAGGAAAACAAAAGAUGACAUCCAACAAUAAAACAAAAAAGGUGAAAUUGACACGACUUGCUGAAAGUUUAGAAGAACCAAUAACAUCCAAUUCUACCACUACUCCAUCUGCUACGGCCAAUACACUUCCUUCAUUACAUGCGUCUUCAAAUGUUGAGACAAGUCCAAGGAAGCCAAAACUGGACUUGGUAGGAGAAGGAUUUUUACCUUCACUUACCGCGGCUCAUGCAAUCUCGGACAUCAUUAAAGGGCAUUACUCUCAGCCGUGGCCUUCGUGGAAAAAGAUACCAGAUGCUACUAGGAAAUUUUGGUGGGAAAAGUUCAAAAGCAAACAUCAGUUUUUUCCUCCAGAUCUUUAUUGGGCUCGAAAAAAUUUUGAGAGGCGAGGUGUGGCAUUACUAAAAAGUUUGUUGGGAAAAGCUCGUGCAAGUCGUGUCAAACCUCAAUGGAUAGAAGAUGAUGUGUGGAAUUCUCUCUGUGCUUAUUGGAAUACUGACACUGGGUUUCUAGAAAAGAGCGCGCAAGGCAAGUCAAAUCGAGCAUCUAGUUGCAGAGGAUUUGGAGCGGCUCUUCAUACUGCUGACCCAAUUUCCGUUACCCAACACAAAACUAAUAUGAAAAAAUCAUUAAAGAGGACUCCAACACAGUUAGAAUUGUUUGCGAAGACCCACAAACACAAGGAUGAGACACGGGUGGAUAAGAAAUCAAAACAUAUUCAGAAUGCUAUAGAAGAGGCUAUACAAGAAGCAUCUGAAGAAGGAAGUAAUGCACCAAAUGAGAUGGAUGUGUGGUAUGAAAUAGCCACAUUUAAAAAGGGAAGAAUUCAUGGACUUGUAAUAAAAUUCACUGCAAUUGGCUCCAGUGCUCAGUCAUCUGAUUGGUUGCGAAAGUUAGAACAUGAAGAAGUAAUGAAGAGAAUGCAAGAGUGGUUGCGAAUGUUAGAACAUGAAGAAAUAAUGAAGAAAAUGCAAGAAGAGAAUGCUGACUUAAAAACUAGGUUGGAAAAGAUAGAAAGAAGACUUGAUAAGCUUCUAAAUAGGAUAAAAAAGCUUAAUGUUAAAAUUCCGAUUUCUCAACUAGAAGUUGGACAAAUAUAGGAGAUGAUGAAGAUGGUGAAUGUACGUCUGAAGAGUGAUUAGUAGUUUGUGAUGCUAGUUAGUUAAUAGAGUUUAAAUGAUGUAAUUAGUAAUAUGAGAGUGUUGCGUACUUAUUAUUGUUGUCUAUGAUAUUGAAUUGAUGAGUUAUUUUGGUUA